CAAUAAAUAUUUUUUUUUUUCAUUUUUAAUUCAUUAUUAAUAAGCAAUAUAAAUAAAAAUAAUUUUUAAUAAAUAUAUAGAAUAAUAAUAAUAAUAAUAAUAAUAUUUUUCAUUGCAUAAUAAAUUAUUUAUUUCUUUUUACUUUGUAAUAUAUAAAUAUCAAUAUAAAUAUAAAUUCAUAUAAAAAUGGGUUGUUCAGGUUCAAAACAAACACAAACUAUGGGUCACCAUGGUGGAUCAUCCUCCUCAUCAAGCGCACCUAGAUUCCAAGCUAUCAAAGAUAAUUAUCAAACAUUAGGUGAAGUACAAGAUGCUCUUCGUAAAGCUGGUUUAGAAUCUUCAAAUUUGAUUCUUGGUAUCGAUUAUACUAAAAGUAAUACAUGGAAUGGUAAAAAUACUUUUGGUGGAAAAUGUUUACAUGAUAUUUCAACAGCAGUAAAGAAUCCAUAUCAAGAAGCUAUUGAAAUUAUCGGUGAAACUUUAUCACCAUUCGAUGAUGAUAAUCUUAUUCCAGUAUUUGGUUUUGGUGAUAUUAGAACAGGAGAUAAAACAGUAUUCAAAUUCUCUGAAGUUCCUUUAUACGGUUAUCAAGAAAUUAUAAAUAAAUAUAACGAAAUUACACCUUUAGUUUCAUUAUCAGGUCCAACUUCAUUCGCUCCGAUCAUCAGAGAGGCCAUCAAUAUUGUAGCCGCUUCAAAACAAUAUCAUAUUUUAGUUAUUAUUGCCGAUGGUGAAGUUACAGCUAUUAAAGAAACCACUCAAGCCAUUAUAGAUGCAUCAAACUAUCCCUUAUCAAUUUUAAUUGUUGGUGUUGGUGAUGGUCCAUGGGAUUUAAUGGAAAAAUAUGAUGAUGAAUUACCACAACGUAAAUUUGAUAAUUUACAAUUCGUUCCAUUCCACAAAACUAUGUUAAGAGCAGAGGAUAGAAGAAUUACCUUUGCCGUUGCAGCUCUCCAAGAAAUUCCAGAACAAUUUCAAUCUAUUAAAAAACUUGGUUUACUUUAAACCUAUAAAUAGUUUGUUUAUUUAACAAUUUUUUUUAAAAAUUUUUUUUUUUUUUCAUAUUUUUUUUUUAUGUACAUAAUUAUCAAAAAAAAAAAAAAAUAAAAAAAAUAAAAUCAUCGUUGGUAGAAUCUAAUAUUAUUUAUUAGAUGAAGC